AUGGCCGGCCGCAGCAAAGCGCCUGCCAUCGGCUCAGCCGGAUGGAUUCUCGAAGAGCGCCACCAGGCGAAUGCUUUGGUCGCGCAGGAACUCGAAGAUUUCGGCUUCUCUGUGCGCAAUGAGCUGGAAUGGCUCAACGCGCACAUGUCCGAAGUUCUCGCCAAUGGCCAAUACAAUCUGGAGGUCUUUAAGACGCCCGGCAAGCUACGCGGCAAAACGCCUCGCACCGCACGCAAGAAGGCCGCUGAGCCCCGUCAGCCUCUCGCCAACCUCAUUGCAGCGAAUGGCCAAAACAAGCCCAGCCCCGCCGAACUGAGCCUGAAGAACAACCUCACAAAAGCCACCCCGAAGACGCGUUUCCAGAUCGCCCACGAUGAGACCACAGCCAAAGUAUUAUCUCCUGCCGCAAAGACGCCUGUUGCGCGCCAGCUCUUCUCCAAGGCCGUGUCCACUGGCAAGGAAAACGUCAAUCGCAGCUUCCACGCCGAUGUAUUCGACGAGGACCGCACCCAGCCUUCCGCCGCUCCGUGGAGCCCCAUGCAUUCCACGCAAAACACGGUCAUGACUUCGCAAGGCGACGAUGUUUUCUCACCGCCCCAGACUCAGUCCACACAACCAACACAGCCUACUCAGUCCUUCCAGCACUCAAUACAAGACAAGGAUGAAGAUGAGCGACGCGACACGGGCGAUUCUUUUGUGUCUGCCAAGGAGGCAUUUGGAAGCAAGAACGCUUCGAGAGAGAAUCUGCGGACCAACGACGAUGAUGCGAUGGACGUGGAUGAGGACAAGGCCGACACAUCGCGAUCAGAUGCGGGAACAGUCAUCCGCCAUGAGAUUGACGACGCUGAAGAUGAAGAUGAAGAUGAGGACAUGCACGACAUUCCCGACUUCCCCAGCCCUCCACGCGUCACAUCCGAACAGUACAGCAUUUCUGCAGAGACCCACGAAGUUCUCGACACCGCGCACCACCGCGCCCACGCUCCAGAGCCCAAGACGCUGUUCGCUCCCGAGGCCUCUACCACGCCCGCCGGCCCACCACCAACAUUUACAGAAGAUGCGAUGCACGAUGACACCGUUGUGCAUCACGAUGUCGACGAUCAGAUGGACAUGGACGAUGAUGUGCGCUCACCAUCCGACAACUCGAGCCCCGUGAAGCCGCUUGUUAGGAAGAGCAGUCUCACUUUUGCAUCGCUCCCUGCACGCGAACCUCUGCUCCCGAAGAAGAGCAUGGGCAACCGCGUAUCCCGAACCAGUCACGUCGACCCCAGCAAGGGCCGCAACAGCCAGAUGGGCAGAUACACCGGAGGCAAGAGUCUGGGAGGCAGCCAGCUCGCACAUCCGGAUAUGCAUCAUGACGAUGAGAUGGAUAUGGGUGAGCCGCGCCCAGCACUCCAGCGCGAAGAGUCGGAGACUACCAAGAUCCACAACAAGACAUCGACCCAACGCCUAUUUGAGCGCAUCAACAUGCUCAAGCAGCAAAACGAGGCACCCAAGCGUGUCAGCCAAAACGUUGCUUCAUCGCAGUCCUCGCAGCCUCAGAGCUUUGCUUCAGCACAGUCAAAGGAAGAUGUUGGUCCCGUGCAGGCAGCUCAGCCCGCAUAUCCCAGCCUUCCUCCACCUGCACCAGUUGAGGAUGAGGACGAUGACGAUGAUUGGAUCUCGCCCGUUCGAACAGCACCCGUGCCUGCACCUGCUAGACCUGCUCUUAGCAAAAGCCACACUGCGCAUGCGCCACCUUCGCCCGCAAAAACCCUUCCAUCCAAGCUCAUUUCCGUCUCCAACCCGGAUCUAUCGGCCGGUCUCGAGUCCACUACCCCCGUUGGCUCACCGGCUGGUAAGAGGUACAUGGAUGCCCCACUCAGCGCCUCGAAGGCCAAGUUCUACUCGGCUCUUCGUGCUGCAAAGGAGAAGAUCAUCGGAUCAAGUGCGACCAGCGCUCAAGUCAAGCUUGAUGCCCUUGCCGAAAGCCCAAUGCGACCCAAGCUUCAAGCGCACGAUUCUUCUGACGACGUAUUCGCUAGCCCCAAGCGAACCGAGAAGCCAGGCCUUUUCUCCAACCUCCGCUCGCCUUCAAAGGAAUCGAACAAGGCUACCAAGGCUAGCAGAAUUGCGGGCGUGCCCGGCAGCCCUCUCAAGGAUGAUGGCCGCCGCACCCGCAGCUCUACAGAGCGACAAAAGCAGAAGGACAAGGAGACAGAAGCCAAGGACGCUAAGCAGAAGCAGCGUGCUGAGGACAAGCUCAAGGAGAUGCGCGAGAAGGAACAGACCAAAGCUACUCUCCACCAUCAGAAGAGCAAGGGCGCACUCAAGACGCCCUCUGCAAUGUCUUCACAGUCGAGCUUGAGGCAGCCUGCACCAGUCGCGGCAGCAACCAAGACUCCCACUUCAUCAUAUCAGCAGCAGCAGCCUUUCUCUCGUCCUGGCACCACGCGCACUAACACCGCUUCAUCGCGUGAGGAUGCCGAUUCUGCUGAUGAGAUGCCUCCACCCCCACCACCCAAGAGCCUUCUUCCUUCUGCAAAGCCCAGCAAAGCCGCUCUCCGCGAGCCCAGGAAACUCGCAAAGCCGACCAGCAAGGAUGCCUUGCCCAAGGCAAAGGCACCACAAAAGAUUAUGGUCAACCUCAACAGCAGCAGGUAUGGCCAGGCUCCUCCUCCGGCUGCUCGCCCCGCACCGACUGCAUCCAAGCCUCUCACUGCUGGGCCGUCCAUAGCAUCCAAGUCCGGCGCUCCAGCACCGAAGCCAGCUGCGGCUAGUCGACCAGCUUCGGCAUUGUCUGGCAAGGGUGGACCUGCUUCUAGACAGGCUCCUGUUGCAAAGCCAGCUGCUCCUAGAGUCGCUCGUCCUCAGCCACAAGCUGUGGAGAAGCCCAAGGCCACUGCACCACCCCGAUCGGACCUUGGUGCUGCUCGCCCAGUCUCUCGCAUGCAGACCGUCCAGGAUGCCAACCGCAUCAACGUCCCGCCUGUCAACCCCGCUAAACCUCCUAAGCGUCCAUACCAGGCUGAGGGUGGCGACGAAACACUACAUCGUCCUGCUAAGAGACCCUCGCAGCAGGCCAAGAUGAACCCUAUUACACCGGGACAUGCUCAUGCGCAAUUUGCCAAGGGCAAGAUUCCCUUUGCUGAGCCCGCACACGCGCCUCAGCCUGCUCCACCUACGAUCCAGUACCCCAACGGCGACGAUAUCAAGCUCCCUGAGAUCAUGACCGAUUCCGAGGACGAGGACUCUGAUAACGAGUUCGAGCAGCCCAGCUGGGUCAACACCCCCAACCUUCGUGAGAUGCUCGCCAGCCAGCAGCUCAUGGAUCCCGAGCAGAUCUUCGGCCCCAUCGCACCUCUUAAUAUGGAGGCCGUCUUCCCCAACAAGGAGCGCCACAAGCGUUUCCGCGAGCGCACCAGCAGUGCUUUCUGGGCCAACGACCAAGUUACCGAGGAAGAGAAGCGCAAGGAACGUGAGGCCAGAGAGCGUCUUGUCCGUGAUGGCGCUUGGACGUAUAACCCAUCGCCUAUGGCACCACGCCCAGGACCUUCUGGACCUUCGCGCUAG